AUGUACUGGCAUGUAAUCCCUAGUCUCCAAUCAGCUCUUUUGCACAUCUCAUUCACUCUUAAUAGAACUCCUGAACUGAACGAACACAAUUCAACCAUCCCAGGAGUUGUUCGUUUGUGUAACAUUUCAAAUUUGCACAUUUCUCGUAUUAUAAUUUGCAUUGGCGAAGUUAUAAAAAUUCUCUACAUUUCUUCCCAUGGUACUAAUGGAAAGAUUAAAUCUAUUCAGUCUUUCGUAAUAUCUAAAUCUAAACACUCAAAUAAUUCGACAAUCACCGUUUACGUAACAAUUUCAUUCCUCAUUGUCGGAUUUUGGGAAGGAAUUGAAAUUACUUCUCUCAAUAUCAAUCAACAAAUUGAAUAUGCAAAUAUCAACUCUAAGAAGGAACUUACUCUUAGAUGUAAAAAUUGCGAUAGCGAAAUAGCACAAUUCGUCGACCCAAUUAUCACACAACUACCACUAACUAACAAUCUAAAUGAUAUAUUCUGCACUGAGUGUGAGUUUGAUAUACCUAUUUUGACUGAGAAAACACCGCGCGUCAACGAAAUAUUUCUUGACAUUGAUUAUUACGUUAUAAAUAACAACAAUCUGAUACUUUGCAAUUUUCACAGCUCGGGUUGUGAAAAUUGUGCCAAUUUAUACCAUAAAUAUCAAUCAAUAACCAGCAACCCUACUGUCGUAUUGUCUGGCUGCAGCGAUACAUUGAGCCCUAGAAAUCUUAAAAUCGAUAAAAUCAAGCUAUACAAAGGCGAAUUUGGAUAUAGUGGUGACAACUACGGGUAUUAUAAAUAUAAAAAGGAAUUUAUCAUUCCACUUAUGCCAAUUAAUCACUUAUUAAAGCUCUAUAUCAGACAAUCAGACGCACCAUACACAGACGAGGCCAUUAGCCUUAUUGUCACCAGCAGGGAUAUCUAUCUUCUGCCCAUUGUUAAUUCUACAAAUACUAGAAACAUUACAGGUACUUACAAUAUAAGUGAAACAAACAAUAUUGAUUCUAGUUCAAGUGAUCAAAAUAUAGUGAUAGAGAAUGACAAUAAUUGCUAUAUCACUGAUAAUUUGGAGGAAGAACUGAUUGCAGAGGCCAAAAAAAUAUUCGACAGUGUCCCUCCUGUAAUUGGAAAAAGGGUGUUGUGGAAACUAGUAAGUGAUGCAUCUAAUAAUACCACAUCAACAAUCGCACUUUCGAAUACUAGUUACAACUAUUUACUAGAAAAUUUGAUCAAAUUUACCAUAACAAAUCCUGAAAAUCAACAAUCUGAUUUGAAAACAUCAGCCAUACCCAUAUAA